GACCAAUCAGAUUCGUGAAGGGGAGCUUUUUGAAAACGUUGGCGGCCGCGGAAGUUCAAAAUAGUAACACUGGACUUUCUUCGCUAAAACAUCCAUACUACAAAUACUCACCACGAUGCAGAAUAAAGAAAAUUAUGAGCCCAAAGGUUUCCAACGAACGUUCACCACUCCUAGCAUGGUGGCAAACCCACAGCGAGUUCAAGUGAAGCCACGAGCAGAGAUGGACAGAAAUGCCAUCACAGGCCCUGGAAGGGAGUGUGUUGCCUCGUCCUCCAGUUCAGCCUCAAAGAAGGUCACCAUUGAUGACUUUGACAUUGGACGACCACUAGGGAAGGGAAAGUUUGGUAAUGUCUACCUUGCGAGGGUUAAGAAGCUGCAAGCCAUCGUGGCGCUGAAGGUGUUGUUCAAGUCACAGAUGGAAAAGGAGGGUGUGGAGCAUCAGCUCAGGAGGGAGAUUGAGAUUCAGGCACAUCUCAAGCACCCCAACAUCUUGCGCUUCUACAAUUAUUUUCAUGACCGAAAGAGGGUGUUCUUGGUACUUGAGUACGCCCCACGUGGUGAAAUGUACAAGGAGCUACAGAGAUGUGGAAGAUUUGAUGACCAGCGUACUGCCACAUACAUGGAGGAGAUAUCCGAUGCACUGCUCUAUUGCCAUGAGAAGAAAGUGAUUCACCGUGACAUCAAGCCAGAGAAUCUGCUUCUCGGCUAUCGUGGAGAGCUGAAAAUUGCCGAUUUUGGUUGGUCCGUCCAUGCACCUUCUCUAAGACGUCGUACAAUGUGCGGGACACUGGACUACCUCCCUCCAGAGAUGAUUGAGGGCCACACACACAGUGAGAAGGUGGACCUGUGGUGCAUCGGGGUCCUCUGCUACGAAUGCUUGGUCGGCAACCCACCUUUUGAAACUGCCAGCCAUUCAGAUACAUACAAAAGAAUUAUGAAGGUGGAUUUAAAGUUCCCCAAAAACAUCUCAGAUGGUGCACGGGACCUGGUCUCCAAGCUGCUCCGCCACAACCCCACAGAUCGUCUCUCACUACAGAGUGUCAUUGACCACCCGUGGGUGCGCUCCAACUCUCGUCGAGUCCUACCACCAAUCUGCCCGACCAAGAAUUCCUGAGCCCACCUGCCCCACCUGCCUGCCCCCCCCACUGUGGGGUGUUUUAUCUGCCCUUUCCAACAGACUCUGGGCCAGCAUAUUUCAGUUUCACUGCUACGGGCUUUAAACUGCCAUUAUUCUGGCACAUUUUAUGAUGGGUAUAUAUACAUACCCACUUUUUUAUAUUGUACAGUGUACUGUCAUUAUCAAUGUCUAGUAUGUAGCCUGAAGGUGUUUUGUGUUUUUAUUAUCAUUUCUUUUCUGAUUCUUUUUAAAAUGGACACUGCUCUAUUUUGGAUUUCUGUAUCUGCCGGUGUUGGCACCAAAGUACUACUGUUAGACUGCUGCCUCAAGCUGAUGAGUAUAUUGCAAAUAGUUCAAGAUAUGGUGUUUGAGGGUUGGGGUGGAAAGCAUGUUUUAUUUUCCCCUCAAGCUAUACUUUAAAUUUCUAAUAAAUAUUAUAAAAUUA